AUGAGAGGACGAAAAGAACCGAAUGCAAAACCAUCCAAAAAUGGUAAAGGAGAUACAACUGAAGCCAUAAAUAAUAAAACUGGAAGAAAAAGAAAUGUGUCACCAGUCACGGAUCAUACGGAAAUGACACCAAAUUCUGAUGCACAAUUUGAUGGAAGUCCACAGAAAAAACUAAAAAUUAAUGAUGACAAGUUGCAACCUGAAGUUGUUAUUGAAAUAAUGGAAGGCAUUUAUUUGGUGAAAGAGGCACCGAAUGAGGAGGUUGAUGCAAAAAUCAUUAGGGCCAUUGCGAGUUGUGCAUUCCACAAACCAAUUAUAGAAGAAUCUGAAAUCAAUAUUUCUGACACUGGUCUUGAUUCACUGAAUGGAACAAAUUGGUUAGAGGACACUGUAAUUAAUUUAUAUAUGGAUUUAUUGACACAACGAGGAACUGAACCGGGUCAACUUAAGGUGCAUGCCAUGAACACCUUUUUUCUGCUAAGCUUACAAGCUCAUGGUUACAGUUCUGUUUGUACAUGGACCAAAAACGUGGAUAUAUUUACUUAUGAUUUAAUGCCGAUUCCAGUUCAUGUUAAUGGUUUCCAUUGGUGUAUGCUAAUUAUUGAUUUCACACAUAAAAGCAUAAAGUAUUAUGAUAGUUUGGAUGGUUCCGAUCAAGGUGUUCUCGACAUGAUGGAAUCAUAUUUGAAAGACGAGUCAUUGGAUAAGAAAAAAAUACCACUAGACACAAGUACCUGGACAAAGGAAAUUGUUAAGGAUAUACCUCAGCAAGAGAAUGGUUAUGACUGUGGAGUCUUUUCUUGUAUGUUUGCAGAAUAUAUAUGUAGAGGUGCAAAAAUCGACUUUAGUCAAAAUGAUAUGGAAUAUUUUCGGAAGAAAAUGCAUUUAGAAAUAGUCAAUGGAAAAUUACUAACUUAA